UUCAUGUGUGAAAGCAGACCUUUGAACUCUCAAAGUAUGGUGGCCACUCUUACUUCCACACCACCAUCAUUUCUCCCACUUUGGCGAAGAAAACUACCCACUUAUAAUCCUACACAAUGCCUUGGAACUGGAAAAGAAGCCCUUGAAAUCUCUAGUAAUGGAUACAUAAAGACCAACACUAUUGGUUUCCCUGAAAAGGGUAUUUCAACACGUCCCCGAACAUCAUCAACUCCUCGUCCGCCUAGGCCUCGCCGGAUAAUACUUGUACGGCACGGAGAGAGUGAAGGGAACGUCGAUGAGACGGUCUACACACGAGUUCCUGAUCCCAAGAUUGAUUUAACCGAGAAAGGCAAGGCUGAGGCCGAGGAAUGUGGAUGGAGGAUAAGGGAAAUGAUCGAGAAAGAUGGAGCCAAUGAUUGGAAGGUCUAUUUCUACGUGUCACCUUAUAAAAGGACACUCGAAACACUUCGGCACUUGGGUCUUGCAUUCGAGCGGUCUAGAAUUUCAGGCAUGAGGGAAGAGCCUCGUAUACGGGAGCAGGAUUUUGGGAAUUUUCAGGACAGGGAGAAAAUGAGACUUGACAAAGCUCUUCGGCUGCGCUAUGGUCGUUUCUUUUACCGUUUUCCUAAUGGAGAAUCAGCAGCAGAUGUCUAUGACAGGAUCACAGGAUUCAGAGAAACACUUAAGGCAGAUAUUGAUAUUGGACGGUUUCAGCCACCAGGCGAACAAAGCCCAAACGUGAACUUAAUUAUUGUCUCACAUGGCCUAGCCUUGCGUGUGUUUCUAAUGAGAUGGUAUAAAUGGACUGUGCAACAAUUUGAAGGACUCAAUAACAUGGGCAAUGGUAACUUGAUUGUCAUGCAAAAAGGUUAUGGCGGAAGAUACAGCUUAUCUAUGCAUCACAAUGAAGAAGAGCUAAGAGAGUUUGGGUUGACAGAUGAAAUGUUGAUUGACCAAGAAUGGCAAAAGACUGCGAGAAUAGGAGAACUGAACUAUGACUGCCCGAUGGUGAAUUCCUUCUUCCCUCACUUUGAAGAUGAGGGCUGCAUAACAUGAAACAAGGUGCUGAAAAGUUGAAUUAUUACAUCAUGAUUCUGCUCAGGAACACGUGAUUGGAAUGGCAGGUAAUGCCAGUGUUGUCGAAGCCAUUAUUCUAUAGGACAAUGUAAUGACAGGCCCUGGCAAGGGAUAUUGAAUUAGUUCAAUGAGAAAUUAACAAGCAAAAUUCAACUC